AUGACUAGAGAAUCAUUAUUAAACAGUAGAUAAGAAUACUUCAAGUCUAUUCUAUAGCGGUUAUAAUUUAAUAAUGAAGACUAAAAUCAAUUAAAAAUCAUAAUGGUCCAAACAAACCAAAAAUUGGAGUUACCAAACAGUUUGGAUCUCUCAUUUGCUACAUCCAUCCCAGAUAAAAUAGAUGACUAGAUAUAAUACUUAAUUAUUAAUGAAACAAUUGAGACUGAUUCCUAAAACGUUGAGGAAUUGCAAUACUAAUGCAUUCCUGGGUGUAAUUUGGUACAUUCCUUCCUGUGGAAAGAGAAUAUGGAUAGAGUUGAUUAAAUAUACGAAUAUUUACUCAAAUACAUACAAGAAGAACAGGAUGUAUUGAUUUACUGUAAAAAUGUUAAUGAAAUAUAAUUAAUGGCAAAAGCAUUAUCCUAAUUGGGUGAGAUUUAGGUUAGAUUGUCACCAGAAUUUAAUGAGGUGUAUUAAAAACUCGAUUAAAGAAAGAGUAUAUAAGCAAAUCAUAUUAUUUACUUGCUUAUUGAUCCCUAAUAUUUGGAAUCUGAAUGUAUUACUCUAAUUAUUCACACUCAAUACAAAGAAGUCAUAAAACCCUUCAUAAAGAGUAGUGUCCUAUAUAGUGAUCAAUUACUGUCUAGAUAAGAGCUGAUAAUUCGAGAAAUUCCAAAAUCUAAUUCAAUGGGGGUCUAGAUAAUAUACAACUUUCCCAAAGAAACAUAUGUAACUCUUCCUCCAAAAGCAGUCAAACUAGAUUCUCAUCAAUUGGAUAACCACAUUGAAUAGUUUGAUAAAUCCAAAAACAGUGCAAUUAUUAAAGGAGCUUUGAAUACCACAGGCAUGCUUUUAUAAUAUUAAAAACAAUCCAAUUUAACAAUCAGAAUCAGUCAGCUUUGGUCAAAUAAGGGUGAUGCUUAUUCAUGGAUCGAAAUAAUUGAAUAGCUCGGAAUCUUUAUUAAUUCAAUCCUGCUAAAUGCAGAUUUUGAUAAAAAUUAAAGCAUUUUUGAAUUAACUUAAUUAGAAAAAUGGUGUGAAGAUAAUAUGGUAAAUCUAUACAAAGGAAUAUUAAUUUUGCUUUAUGUUUAGUAAUUCUCUCAAGAAUAUAAUUGCCCUUCAAUUAAUAUACUUAAUGUCGGUGGUUUAACUGCUCCAAUUAGAAGGUCGUCCAGUAUGUAAAUAGUUCAAGAAGAUAAACCAUUAGUUGAUGAACAAUUAAAACUAAAUUUCCCUAUAGCCGAGUUAAGAGAAGAUCAAUUCUAUCAUGUUUAGGAGCAUAAUUUUAAAUUAAACUAGUGUUGCAUAUAAUCUUAAAAAGGAAGACUCUAAUAGCACAUUCAUAUUUUGGCUUUGAAAGAGAACUCAAUUAUCUAUCUCCAUAAUAAGAAUAGAAAAACGUCUGUAGUUCAAAAAGAACUAAUCAUCAGUAAUGUUGGCAAUGCAAUUCUGGAGGAACUAUGGAAAAAUCAAGGCAUUGAGAUAGCUGAAUUAGAAAAUAAAUAUAAUUGUUCAAUUGAACCAAAUGUCUACUUAAAUUUGAUAUCCGUUUAUUCUGACGAUGCAGUUGACAUGAGUGAAUUAUAUGCUAGAAUUGAAAAAAUUAAAGAGAAUCUUAAAACAUAAAUUUUGGAAAUCAAACAUGUUAGUGGAAAAAAAUUAAUUUUCUAGAGUGGAGCUCUGAUUAGUGAAUGGAUAAGAGAACAUGAAUCUAAAGAGUUUAAACUAGUGGGACUACCGCCCAAGGUAACAGAGGAUGAGAUCAAAGAAUUAUUUGAAGACUUUACUGUUAUAACUCAUCUUAAAUUAAACUAUUUAGAAAAUGAGACCUAAGCUCAAAUUGUUAUUGAAGAUAAAGAUGAUAUGCCUUACAUUAUUUAAGGAUAUGAUUAAUCAGAGUACUAAGAUAGAAUUAUUAAUGUUAUCACAGAAUAGAAAACUUUAAAAUAACAAAAUGUUAAUCAAUCAAAAUAUAUCUUGAAUGUCAUAUGGUAUUCCAAAUUAUGCACAGGUGUAUGUGUUGUAAUAUUUAAUGAAGCUGAACAAGCAUUAAAAUGUGUAAAUCAAUUUAAUAAUCAGCUAUUGGAUGGAAAAGAGAUUAAAAUCAGUUAAGUAGAUGAUGUUACUUUAAAAUUCUAAAAUUUAAGUUCUUUCACAACUGAAAUCGAUAUUUUAAUGUUAUGUGGAGGGAAAAAGAACAUCAAAUACCUUGAUUUGCAAUCAAAGACCCUUUAAGAAAGUAAGGAAGAUUAUUCACAGAGAAUAAUACAUUUAAUCAAUAGGAAUAUUGAAAGAAAUGAAAAAAAGGAUGUUGAUUUCAAUCAUACUCACUUGAUAAGAAAACCAGGAGGUAAAAGAAUAGCUAAAAUAUCAAUUUCAAGUGUUCCUACUAUGCAAAAAUUAUUAGAGAUUUUAAACGGAGAAAAAAUAUAAUUCGGAACAAAUCUGGUUAAAGUUCAUUGUCAAGGAUAAUAUUAUUAAUAUCAUUAAAUUCCUAAUCAACUCAAACCCCAUAUUUAAAAAAUUCUGAAGGAACAUGAAAAGUUUAAUUUUAAAGUUAAUUUUGAAUAAGGAAAUCAAUCCAAACAAAUAGUACAACAAGUUACUAUUCGUUCUUAGAAUAUAUUAGUACAUUAAUAAUUAGAUCAAAUUUUGACUAAUUUCUUGUAGGGCUACAAAGUGGAAAUAAAUAAUAAUGGGGAUUUUCUGUUUACAACUUUUGGGUAAAAUAAAUUAAAAGACUUUGAGAUGUUGGAUGGAAGCAUACAUUUUAUGGUUGAUCAAUACAAAAAAGUGAUUCGUGUUUGUUGUUCUUAAGAAAAAUUAAAUGAGAUUACUGAAUAUGUUAAUCAGAUUACAUAGGCAGUGGUUUCUCAUAAAUUAGCAAUACCUCCAGGAGCAUUAAAAGAAUUAGUAGGAUUAAAAGGUUAAGGUCUAGAUAGUCUUAAGAAGUAAUUCAAUUUGACCUAAAUUAAAUACAAAUAACAGAGUAAAGAAUUGUUUUUAGAGGGAUCUGGCUAAAAUAUUUAAGAUGCUGUUGCUUGCAUAGAGUCUGCUGUUUCUUAAAUAAACUUAGAAGGAGAAGCAGAUAUAAAUGAAGUCAAAUAGGCAGAAUGCCCAAUCUGUUUUGAUAAUAUUAAACACAGUUAUUUAUUAUAAGGUUGUGGCCAUAAAUGUUGUUUAGAAUGCAUUUCAUUGCAUUGCAGUAGCGUUUUACAAGAUGUAAAGUUAUUUCCUGUGAGAUGUCCAGUAUGCAAUGAAAAGAUGAUUUUAAAUGAUAUAUUGUAAAUAAUUGGGAAGGAAAAUAAGGACAGCUUGAUAAAUUUGGCACUUAAUAAGUUUGUUUAGGAUAAUAAUUAGAAUGUGACAUUUUGUUAUACUCCUGGAUGCAAUAAUUUUGAACAAAUCUAAUAGUAAGAUAAAGCAAUAUAUUGUUAAAUGUGUUUAAAAUAAUAUUGUUGUUUAUGCAAAGCUUUAAGACAUCCUGGAUUGACAUGUGAGGAAAAUAAGAUUGGUGAUAUAUUGUUACUAUAAAAAUUAAUGAAAGAGUAAGACAUUAGAAAAUGCCCAAGUUGUUAAGCAUUAAUUCAGAGAAUUGAUGGAUGUUAUAGAGUGACUUGUUCUGUAUGUAAACAGAGUAUUUGUUGGAAAAAUAACAAUAAAGGAGUUCCUUGUAUGCAGGUGUUUAAGACAUCUUCAGAAUGCUAUGAGCAUUUAUCCAAAGAACACGGUGGUUAUUGGUGA